AUGUGGACGAGAUGUGGGCGAGAUGUGGGCGAGAUGUGGGCGAGAUGUGGGCGAGAUGUGGACGAGAUGUGGGCAAGAUGUGGGCGAGAUGUGGACGAGAUGUGGGCGAGAUGUUGGCCAGAUGUGGACGAGAUGUGGGCGAGAUGUGGGCGAGACGUGGCCGAGAUGUGGGCGAGAUGUGGGCGAGAUGUGGACGAGAUGUGGACGAGAUGUGGGCGAGAUGUGGACGAGAUGUUGGCCAGAUGUGGGCGAGAUGUGGACGAGAUGUGGGCGAGAUGUGGGCGAGAUGUGGGCGAGAUGUGGACGAGAUGUGGGCGAGAUGUGGGCGAGAUGUGGGCGAGAUGUGGGCGAGAUGUGGACGAGAUGUGGGCGAGAUGUGGGCGAGAUGUGGACGAGAUGUGGGCAAGAUGUGGGCGAGAUGUGGACGAGAUGUGGGCGAGAUGUGGGCGAGAUGUGGGCGAGAUGUGGACGAGAUGUGGACGAGAUGUGGGCGAGAUGUGGGCGAGAUGUGGGCGAGAUGUGGGCGAGAUGUGGGCGAGAUGUGGGCGAGAUGUGGACAAGAUGUGGGCGAGAUGUGGGCAAGAUGUGGGCGAGAUGUGGACGAGAUGUGGGCGAGAUGUGGGCGAGAUGUGGACGAGAUGUGGGCGAGAUGUGGGCGAGAUGUGGGCGAGAUGUGGGCGAGAUGUGGGCGAGAUGUGGACAAGAUGUGGGCGAGAUGUGGGCAAGAUGUGGGCGAGAUGUGGACGAGAUGUGGGCGAGAUGUGGGCGAGAUGUGGCGAGACGAGAUGUGGACGAGAUGUGGACGAGAUGUGGGUGAGAGAUGUGGGUGAGAUGUGGGCCAGAUGUGGGCGAGAUGUGGGUGAGAUGUGGGUGAGAUGUGGGCCAGAUGUGGACGAGAUGUGGACGAGAUGUGGACGAGAUGUGGGUGAGAUGUGGGUGAGAUGUGGGCCAGAUGUGGGCGAGAUGUGGGUGAGAUGUGGGUGA